AUGGAAUUCGAGGUGCUAAAUACCAUCAGCACAAUCGCGAAAAAGUCACCGAAGCUUUACAAGGAUAUAAGAAACUACCAAGUGUAUCAACAGGCAGUUCUUUUGGCUCUACUCAACCAACACGCCGAAAUCGUCCUUUCGCCACAGAAGAAGAAAUCGAACGUCACCCUCCCAUUCUUCACUGUGAAGUCCGUGAUAUUCAACCAGACCGAUCGAGUCGAAUUGACUCAUUUUGUUGAGAAGAGAUGCAAGAAGCAAAUGGAAAACGACGUUGCCAACGGGAUCUCUUCGAAGACUGCGCUAAGGAGAUACAAAACGAAUCGAGUUGCGGAGAACUUACACAUGGUUUUGGACUUACUCUUUGAGUUCGACUACCUCUUUGUGAUAAAGACAACACAUGGGAAGAAUGGCGCAAACAAAUUGGACACAGUCACUUCAUGCAUGUUGCCCAAUAAAGUUUGGAUGACUCAAGAACAAAUCGUUUCCGUUGGGAUGGAAAUCAAUAGUAAUCUGUCGAAGAUUUUAUCGCAAACAGAGUCGAUUUCACUGCCCAAAAACUCACCAAUUCUUUGCCAAUUCUUACAAGAAUAA